UACUAUGCAAUUUGCUUGGGGUUGGGUUGGCGUUGCAUCUGUAGAUAAAAUAACUACUGUAUACAGAGACGUGUCCUCUUGGCUGGUAGUUUUACUGGAAAAAAACGGACACAUAAUUUUGAUACGUGUAGUAAUGUUUUUUUUUUUUUUUCUGGAGGAAGAAUCGUCUGUAAACAUCACAAAACCAAUACUACGUAGGGGCGCUUAAUGAACCUUCUUGGGUGUUUAUUUAAAUUUUAUUCAAAAUGAAAUAUAAUAGCAAAUUACUGGCAUACAGAAAUUGGUUGUCUUUAGUUUAUUUAAUUGCCGCUAAUUACAAAUAAGACUAACUAUAGAGGCGUCACGGAGUUUUGUCACAACAUUGUGGCAUAAUUGCGGAAGUUCUAAAGCACUGGACACUUGCUUUCGUCACGCCUGUGUGUUUUAUGAACACAAAUAAACAAACUUCAGAGAAUAGCACCAGUGUUAUCAUAUCCCCCAAGAGCUCAUUUCGAAAGCAUGUGGUUGCAUACGGCAAUAUUGGUUUACAAUGUCUAGCCGUAUCCUAGAGGAAGGACUAAGCGAUUCAGGUCGAAGACCUCUCCUUGACUACCCGGACACGUCGCUGUCUGACUCGGAUACAGAAGGAGAUGCUGUUUUUGAACGUAAGAAAAGGAGACACUUCAAUGAAACAGCUCAGGGUCCCAAAUUCUCCUAUGAAGAAGCAGUUGAAGAAGCAGGUUUUGGUUUGUUCCACGGUUUGCUGCUGGUUGUCUGUGGGUGGGCCAAUGCCAGUGAUGCAGUGGAGAUCCUGUGUGUGUCCUUCCUCCUUCCAACUGCUCGCUGUGACCUACAGCUCAGUUCCUCCGACAUGGGCAUGCUGACAGCCAGCAUCUUCCUGGGAAUGAUGAUCGGAGGCUAUGUGUGGGGUUACCUCGCUGACCAGAAGGGGCGGCAGAGGGUCCUUGUGAUCUCUCUGACUGUGAACGGGGUGUUUGGAGCACUGGCCAGCCUGGCCCCCUGGUUCUGGCUCUUUCUGCUGCUGCGGUUUAUCAGUGGCAUCGGGGUUGGAGGCUCCAUUCCCGUCAUCUUCUCCUACUUUUCCGAGUUCCAGCCUCGCACUAAGAGGGGAGCGAUGAUCAGUGGUCUGGCCACAUUCUGGAUGGCUGGGAAUAUACUGGCAGCAGGCUUGGCCUGGCUGGUUAUUCCCAACACUUUCCUAAGUUUUCAGCUGGGGACGCUGGAGUUCCAAAGCUGGAGGCUCUUUGUGGUGCUGUGCUCCAUCCCCAGCCUGUCCUCAGCACUCAUUUUUAGGCUGGUCAUGCCAGAGAGCCCCAAGUUCCUUAUGGAGGCUGGACGAGUGGAGGAAGCCGUCUUCGUGUUUAGGAAGAUGUAUAACUUCAAUCACAGAGGGAACGCCAAGCCUUUUCCAGUCACAGAAUUAAAGAUCAGUCCAACAUCAGAAAAAGGAAAAAUAGUUGCCAAUACAAAAAUACAGAGGAUCAGUCACAGAAUAAGGAAGGUUCUGGAACCCAUUCAGAAGCUUUUCUCCGAUCACUUGACUUCAAGAAGUGUUCUUCUGCUGAUUAUCUUUUUCUGCAUAUCAUUUGGGUACUAUGGCCUGUGGAUGUGGUUUCCAGAACUCUUCAAAAGGAUAGAAGACGGUGGCUCUCCGUGUGCUAAUGCAUCUCAGUCAUCAAGCUCUCUGCAGCCAGCGAAUGCCACCUGCUACCCUGUGAAAACUGAAGUGUACAUGGAGGGCUUCAUCACUGCAGCUGCCAAUCUGCCUGGAAAUAUAUUUACUAUCUUUAUGAUGGACGUGGUGGGAGGGAAGGUCCUGCUUACUUUCAGCCUCCUCCUGUCGGGAGUCAGCGUGUUCUUCAUCUGGGCAGUCCAGACCAAGACCCAGACCCUGAUCAUGUCGUGUGUGUUCAGCGCGGUCUCGGUCAUCGCAUGGAACGCUCUGGAUGUCAUCGGCACAGAGCUGUACCCCACACAGCUCCGCUCGUCUGCUCUUGGUUUCUUCACGGGAGUCGGUCGUGUGGCAUCGAUCCUGGGGAACGUGGUGUUUGGUCAGUUGGUUGAUACUAACUGUGCUGUUCCCAUUCUCCUUGUGGCAGCCUUGCUUGUCAUUGGAGGUGUGGCUGCUAUCAAACUGCCUCGCACUAAACAUGCUGAGCUGACCUAAAGCAGAACUUGUCACACUUGCAUUUGUUUACUCAUUUUGAAUAUGUGCCUUAACUGAAGGAAUAGAAUACUUUAAUUCCCUCAAAUCAGCAUUAAAGCAGUCAUUUACUCAUUAAUUUAUCAGUAGCAUUUAAAUAUAGAAGACGUAUAUUAGACAUUGAAUUGUGAUACUCAAGGCACAUGUACCGUAUUUCCUAGGCUGAAGAUCUAUUUAUGCAUUGCCACAAGACCUAUCACUGCUCUAUAAAGACUUGGGGCUGGGGAGGUUCCUGUUGUGACCACAGCUUUGUGCCAUUGUCACACCUUUCAUGAGUACCAAUACAAAAACAUACAAAAAAAAAACUAGUUAUUGCAAGUUAUUUUGUAAAAAAACACCAAUGUAAAGUCACUUAAUAGGGCGUUGGGCCACUGGUAUCCUGCUCUGUGUAGACCGUUUUUGAUUAAACUGGCUGCUCGCACCCCAGGUUGAAAUUUGCAGUCACUUGAUCUGCAGUUGCUCACCUGUUUUCCCUUGCACUUUGAGUUAAUGCCCAGAUAUCAGGAUGUUGGAGUAUGCGCUUCUGCCCACUCUUGCCCUUUGCUGCUGUCUUUCCCUCAGAGUUCCAUGCCAACAUCACCUUAGACAGUUUCUCGUGAAACAUCAGCAAGUUGAGCUAUUUUGGUCACUGAAGCUCCUGCCAAGGGCACCCCAACAAACACCCCCUUUCAAAGUCACCGAGGUCUCCUCGUGCAGCCAUAAUUAGGCAACCAGGCCUGUCAUGCAUUUUUAUACAUGACCCUAAGCAUGUUGGGAUGUUAUUUGCUUAAUUAACACAAGCCACACCUGUGUGGAAGCCCUUGAUUUCAAUAUACUUGGUGUCCCUAGUUUACCCAGGUGUUACCAUUUUUUUUGUCCACUACCUGUACUUGCAACUGUGUUAAUGGAAGUAGAGCUUUUGAACCGUUUAACUUCACGUUCAUUUCAUUUGUAAAAAUGGCAGGCGGUGCACUCCUGCACUUCACUUUUUUUCAUCCUUUUAAUUUAUUUGUGAAUAAACAGGUUCUUUUAGUAAUCUUACUGAAUAGUCAGCAUUUUCAUGCUGAACAGUAAAGAGACCAGUUUAAGGUACUGAGGAGUCUAACUGGGCUCUUGGGUAUUGAAAGUGGUCUAAAGUAAUUUAAACUUUGAAAAAAAUUACAAAGUUCAAGGAUUCCUGAAAGUUUAAAUCUAUUUCCAGCCUCAGCUGUAUUCAGGUUGAAGUUAUUAAAUGAAAAUGCUAGUGAGGAACAAAAAACCAUGCCAUUUUGUAAGGUAUCAGUUCAGAGUGGUUACUUCUAAUUGGGUAUUUUUGGUACUCUACUACAGUAGUCAAAAUAUUGGUUUUGAUACCUUUAUGGCAUCAAGUGCCCAUUUAACAAGCUUUCUAGACUACAUUCAUCCCAUCAGAUGAAAGUGGUCAAUUUAAAUUAUGUAUAAUCAAUUUGAAUAUUUGUCAAAACUUUGUCCAUCUAUCUAAUACACCAACAUUAUACAGAUUUACUCUGCCUGAGCCAGAAAGCAGUCAUGUAAAUUGAACUAGAAGAAAGCAAAAAUUGGCUUCUUAAAUUCCUCAAAUUUUGAAAACAAAAUGAAAAAGCAGCACCACCUACACAAAAUCAAUUUUAUAAAGACUCAGUAGAAGAUAUGCAACAAACAGAACAUGCAAGGCAGGUGAAGCAACUCGUCUCCAUGUAAAUCCACUUGUUAUGGG